AAGCUGUCGCAUUGCGACAUUUGUCCAGUGUCUUGUCAGUCAGACACACGAUCAGCUUUAACAUAUCGACACCCAGCAUCAUGAUGUACAGGGCCGUCAGUGUUUACUGGAUCUCUGUUCUCCUGGUGCCCAGUGUGGUUUUAGCCCAGCAGAUGUCAGCUCGUGUUGUCGGUGGCACAGCAGACGCAGGACGUCUAGAGAUAUUGUACGAUGGAACUUGGGGCACAGUGUGUGACGAUGGAUUUGGACAGGAAGAGGCCUUGGUAGCCUGCAGGAUGCUAGGAUUUAACGGUACAACAGCAGUAGCCGUGGGGUCAGCCAAGUACGGAGCAGGCUCUGGUCCUAUUCUGUUCAGUUACCUGCGGUGUGUGGGGAACGAAACCAGCCUGGCGCAGUGUCAACACUUGGGGCUGUACUUACACAACUGUGAUCACUCAGAGGAUGUCGGCGUCAUGUGCAACAUCAUUUCAGCCCAGCAGAUGCAAGCUCGUGUAGUUAAUGGCACAUCAGAUGGAGGACGUCUAGAGAAUAUUGUACGAUGGAACUUGGAACACAGUGUGUGAGAUGAAUUUGGACAGAGAGAGGCUUGGUAGCCUGCAGAUGCUGGGAUU